AUGAGCCUGCAUUUAUUUUACAUUUCAAAUUUAUUAAUAAAAUUGAAAUAUUUAUUUUUUAAGAAAAAAAGUAUAUUACACCAAGCUAACAGUAUAACAGCAAUCGCAUCUCCAGUGUUAUUUUAUCAAAGUCUUCCAUUGCAAUUAGAAUUCAACACCGAGCCGGAACAUUUGUUAUUUGUACCAGAAUUAAAUCAAAUUGAGGGGUGUAUGCAUAGUGGCCAAAGUGUUGAUAUUAUUCGGCAUGUUUAUUUGGGUAAACAACCGCUUGUUGUUAAACAGUGUACCAGAUGCGGAGGAAAAGCUCAAGUACUAAAUAUGACUCGCACUGCUGCAAUAAGAGCCUGGGACUUGCGUUGGGCACGGUCAUGUCGCUGCGGUGGAAUAUGGAGGAUACAUAAAGUAUCAUCGUAA